AUGCCAAAGAAGCACCAGCAGCGAGCGCUCCUGACCAAGCCGCAGUCAAGCAGUCCGCACACUCUAUCUCUCUCCAAGUCCCCCGCCACUCCGAGCCACAAUGCGAGUUCCCAACGGACGGUCAAUGAUCUCAUUCGUGAGUCCCGUCGACUUCAGAUAAGGAAUGAACCACGACCAGUUCUCGCACUGAAUGCUACAUCUAUCCCCCCGUCCUUGAGAGAGGUCCUCGACAUCCCUCCCCCGCCACCUCCAGCCCCGAGGGUGGGUACAAGAUCAAGCGGACCAAGCCGUCUGCGACGAAUUCCCGGGCCGCCUGUACCGACAAGCUGGCUCACAGACAGCAUCCAUGCACCUCGGGUGGAGAGCUCUCUGGUUGACGAGGACAACAAUCGCCGGGUUCAGAACCGAACCAGCAAUCUCCCUGAGGGCCUUUUCCCGCCUCCGGAUUCUUUACAGCACUUGGUUUUGAAGAAGAUAGCGAGUAAUUGGGGCUGGCAUGCAGAACACGAUUACGACUAUUUGGAAUUUUUGCCGACGAAUUUGAAAGAGACUCUGUUGAGUUACAUCGCAGUCUACAAUGAAGUCCCUGUCAAUCCACUGAAGGUUCUGUUCUUCAACGAUACCGAAGAGGAAGACCGCGAUGCAGUCCGUCGGUUAGAUCUCAGCAAUGGAUUGGGAGCCUGGGCUACAUUGAAACAACUGGAAAGAGUCCUUGUAAGCAGGCGAGCUCUGUCAACAUUUGAAGAAUCAGGACCAGCAACUGUUGGUUCCCCGUCGGUUCGUCCUCCUGAGAGCUGGGACGUAGACGAUGACAGCGAUGAAGCCACAAGCAUAGCUCUCACUCCGGGACCCGAGAUUGCGCCUGGUUUCAAAAACCUCAAGCAUCUGUCCCUGGCCAUUUCACCUACCAAUGCAAGAGCAGCCUCGUGGAUUUCCUUGCUCUCUCUGGCGACCGAACUUCGGACAUUGACGUCUCUUUCACUAGCGUACUGGCCGCUGCCUACCUUUACACCCAUCGCUGCGUCCACAAGAGCAGUCAUUAAAGCACCGGGCUCCCGGCCGGUGGUCUAUGGUGGUUCAGAUAUCUACACUUCGUAUGAUAACAACUGGAGGGAGGCUGCCGGCAUACUGCGAACGUUGAGCAGAUCACUGUAUUGCUUGCAGUGGUUGGAUCUCACAGGCUGUGGGGAUUGGUUUGCCGCAUUACAAUGGAGCGGUUCGUCCUUGGAAUCCUCGUCCCCUGAGAGGCUUGGACCUGAAUGGAAUGGUGGAUGGAGGGGACUGGAAACGCUCGUCCUCGAAGUUGGGUGGACGCCAAUCAUGCCAUCAGUAGAUGCCACCCCGGCGCAGUCGAAUCAAACGUCGUGGGACGUCGAGAACGAGCGCCACCUGUAUCGGUACAACAAGGAGCGAGAACGAUACAUGGAGAUCUGUAGCACGGCGAAGGCCGUAGCACGGCAUUUGCGCGCGAUCCGAAAGGAUUCUGGAGGAAAGUGGAUUCAGGUUGAUUGUAGUGAGGAUUUGACACCGUAG